AUGAGUAGUCAUGAAACUGAUCAACUACAGAAAUAUUUACAUGAAAUAUCUAAGAAAAUAAAAGAAAAAACAGUAACAACACAUUACAAAAAACUACGAAUACUUAACAAAGGACCAGUUGGUCAAGAUUACCAAUCGCUUAAAACAAAACUCGUACAUAAUAUAUCCUCUUACGUUCUCACACCAGCUGAAAAACGUAUCUUAUGUCGUGGUUGGGAAUUCUGCAUAGAGAAUAAAGUUAAUAAUUUUAUCGAUUUCAAAACUGAUAUUGAAAAAAACAUGAAGAAAAUUGAACAUUCAUGUCAUCAUAACGCCUUUAGUAUUAUAUGCCGUAAGAUAUCUAAUGCUUCUGAUACAUUUAUGAAAUUAGCAAAGAAGAAAAAUAUUAGAAAUAUAAGCGAUGAAGAGUUUAAUGCUAUAAAAUCGUUAAAAGGCAAUACUAAUAUCAUAAUAUGUCGCGCAGACAAAGGAAAUUGCAUAGUCGUCCUUGAUAAACAAGAUUACAUAAAUAAAGCCGAAGAAAUCUUAAAAUUAAAACAAUUCCGGCACACCGAAAAAUCGUUACUGAACGAAAAAGAAAAAUCAAUGAAUACCUAUAUGUCUAAAUUAAUGAAAGAAAAAGUAAUUGAUAAGCAACUAUAUUGGAGAAUUCAUUCUACAUCUUCCUCACUUGCUACUAUGUAUGGCCAACCAAAGGUCCAUAAACUUAACUACCCUCUUAGACCGAUCAUUUCAUCAAUUGGCUCAUACAAUCACGAAUUAUCUAAAUACCUUGCUGAAAUAAUUAAAUCUAAUCGUACCUCUUCUCCUCCUUCAUAUAUCCGUGAUUCAUUUGAAUUUGUUAAGAAAAUAAUGAAAAUUAAUGAUAGUAAAGAUCAAGUAAUGAUAAGCUUCGACGUUGAUAGUCUUUAUACCAACGUCCCAGUAAAUGAAGCGAUUAAUAUAACACUUGAUAUGUUAUAUAAAAGAUCAUCUCCACCACCUAUACCUUUUAACCGCUCUCAACUAAAACAAUUGCUAGAACUAGCUGUAUGUAACACUCAUUUUCGUUUUUUACAAAAAACUUAUAUACAAUGCGACGGUGUUACCAUGGGUUCACCAUUGGGACCCAUACUAGCAGAUAUAUUCAUUACUAAUUUAGAAACUAAAUUAAACAAAUUCUCAACUAAUAAGCCCUCAUUAUGGAUACGAUACGCCGAUGAUAUAUUCUGCUUAUUCACAAAAAAGCAAGACAUAGAUGAUUUUCUAGAAAGAAUCAACAAAUGGCAUAAAAACAUCAGAUUCACUAAAGAAGAAGAAAUUGAUGAAAAAUUAGCCUUCUUAGAUGUUCUCGUUAUUCGUGAUCAUACUACCAAUAAAUAUGUCACAACCGUUUAUAGAAAACCAACUAAUACUAACUUAUAUCUCUUAUAUGAUAGUAAUCAAUGUCGGAAGUACAAACUAGGAUUAAUUCCCACUUUAGUAAUUCGCAUUUUACUCAUAUGUUCAACUACUACUCAUAAAGAUAAUGAAUUAACACUAAUGAAACAUACCUUAAAAACAAAUGGUUACCCAGAUCAUUUAAUAAAAAGAGGAAUACGCGAAGGAGAAGUAAUCGUUAAUAAGAUAAAUAAUAAGAACAACAAUCAACAACAGAAACCCCAAACUAAACAAAAUAUUUACUUUACAUUAACAUAUUACGGAUCAGAAUCAACGAUUUUAGCCCGAAGAAUGAAAGAUAUUAUUCAAAAAUUCAUGCCACUUACUAAUAUUAAUAUCGCUUUUAAGAAAACCUUUACAUUGAAAAACAUAUUCUUACCGAUUCAAAAAGGCGAAGAUAAAACUAAAAAAGAUAAAAAGUUAGUCUACAAAAUCCCAUGCAAUAACCGUAAUAAAUACUACAUUGGUGAAACGAAUCGUGAUAAGUCGACAAGAAUGAAAGAACAUCAAAAAGAUAUUAAGAACUUAUCUGACUCAUCAAAUGUAGUAAAACAUGUUAUAGAACAAAAACAUACAUUUAAAUUUGAUCAAGCGGAAACGUUAACCUUCGAAAGUAAAUGGAAUCGCAGAGUAAUAAAAGAAAGCUUAUACACGCACCAAUCAUUAGAUCAAUCACUGAAUGAUGUAAAAUUCAAACUGAACGUAUUCGGAUGA